AGAUUCAGUAUGAAUGCACAAUUAAAAAACCAUGGAUUAACAAAGUUACGGAUUAUUUCAAUUAUGAAAAGUGAAAUGGCUGCCCGAAAUUACUUGAGUAAGUGUAUAUACACGGUUGGUAUGGGCAGCAACGAUUACAUUAACAACUACUUGCAACCUGCUUAUUAUUCAUCAAGCAAAAUGUACACACCUGACCAGUUUGCUGACCGUCUUAUUAACCAAUAUACUUUACAAUUACUGAGUCUAUACAUUUUAGGAGCAAGGAAGGUGGCAGUAUUUGGGCCGGGGCUCGUAGGGUGCACCCCAGCUGAGAUAGCAGUUUAUGGUGCAAAUGCUUCUGGCUGUGUGGAUUUUAUCAACAAUGAUGUACAACUCUUCAAUGAUCGCCUUCAACCUCUCGUCAAUUAUCUUAAUAGUCAUCUUAUUGACGCCAAGUAUACUUAUAUUAAUAUCGCUCAAAUCUCUUCCAGUUCUUCUUCUGGUGGUGUGAAUCCGAUUAAUAUUCCGUGUUGUAGCGUUAACAACAUUGGAUUCUGUGUUCCUAACUCUGUUCCAUGUCCUUUAAGGAAUGAGUCUACCUUCUUUGAUGCCUUUCAUACCACAACUAUUGCCAAUUCGUUCAUUGGAGGCAGAUGUUAUAAUGCAAUAAAUUCUAGUGAUGCUCAGCCAUAUGAUAUUUCCACUUUAGCUCGUCUAAAAUAA